AAUUUUGACUGCAGUACCCUCACUUGGUCGCAUUAGUCAACAAAUUUAUUUAGACGAAAAACGUAAAUUUGGUAAAAAUUGAAGAAAAUAUAUCUUUGAAAUAAUAAAGAUGACUUUAUUGGAAAACGUACGCGAAUGGUUCACCUCGGAGACAGCCCGUAAUAAAAAUUCGUCUUUAAUAGCUGGAUUUGUGUUUUUUGCUGGCUGGUGGGUUCUGAUCGAUGCUAUGGCUGUAGAUAACUCCCAUCAGAUAACUACUGGCCAUGUUUUUAUAGGGGUUUUCGGUACAAUUAGUUUUUUCAUGGUGAACACUGUGAAGAAUUCUCAUAUUUCCGAAGAGAAUACAUCGGAGUCAGGGGCACGUAUUGCAAAAAUUUGGCUGCUCAUUGGUUUCGUAAUGGGAUUCGCUUCGAUAAUUGCAGCAGUGUGGGUUAUGAUAGACGACUUUAUCAAUAAUACCAAAAAAGAUAAUUGGCCAGGUGUAGCGCUUCUCAUGCAGAAUGUUCUUAUUCUUAUUGGAAGCCUUGUUUACAAAUUUGGCCGAAACGAGGAGGACUGGAAUGAGUAAAUGAGACAAACUAUCCACGUGUAAAAGGAGUGUUUCACCAUAUUCAUUUUACAUUAAGUUAAAUAGUAGGCUUACUUUUUCGUUAUAAACAACAGUUGCAGUAUACUGAUGUAUCUAUACUGCUUUCAUAUAUAUAUCUCAUAAAAUGCGUCUGUGUAUACCGCAUACAAACCGUGAUUUUUGUGUCCUCAAAUAAAGGUUUAAUCUUAUUUAGGAAAAAUA